GCGGCGGUGAGCCCUAAAUGGUAAAUACCACACGAAGUCCAGCUGUCACGUUCCCUGGUUCUGGAAAAUGACUGGAAUUAUCACACAUGGCUGAGGAGUCCUGUAAAUGUAAUGGCUGGAAGAACCCCAACCCUUCUCCCACUCCCCCCAGAGCCGAUCUGCAGCAGAUCAUCGUCAACCUCACCGAGUCCUGUCGGAGUUGUAGCCAUGCCCUUGCUGCUCACGUUUCCCACCUGGAGAAUGUGUCAGAGGAAGAGAUGAACAGACUCCUGGGAAUAGUGUUGGAUGUGGAAUAUCUCUUUACCUGUGUCCACAAGGAAGAAGAUGCAGAUACCAAACAAGUUUAUUUCUAUCUAUUUAAGCUCUUGAGGAAAUCUAUUUUGCAAAGAGGAAAACCUGUGGUUGAAGGCUCUUUGGAGAAGAAGCCCCCUUUUGAAAAACCUAGUAUUGAACAGGGCGUGAAUAACUUUGUACAGUACAAAUUUAGUCACCUGCCAUCGAAAGAAAGGCAAACAAUAGUUGAGUUGGCAAAAAUGUUCCUGAACCGGAUCAACUAUUGGCAUCUGGAGGCACCAUCUCAACGAAGACUGCGCUCUCCCAACGAUGAUAUUUCUGGAUACAAAGAAAACUACACAAGGUGGCUGUGUUACUGCAAUGUGCCCCAGUUCUGUGACAGUCUACCUCGGUAUGAAACCACACAGGUGUUCGGGAGAACGUUGCUUCGCUCGGUCUUCACUGUCAUGAGGCGACAGCUCCUGGAGCAAGCAAGACAGGAAAAGGACAAACUUCCUCUUGAGAAACGAACUCUAAUCCUUACCCACUUCCCAAAGUUUCUGUCCAUGUUAGAAGAAGAAGUUUAUAGUCAAAACUCUCCUAUCUGGGAUCAGGAUUUUCUCUCAGUCUCUUCCAGAACCAGCCCGCUAGGAAUCCAAACAGUUAUCAGUCCGCCUCCUGUGGCUGGGACAGUUUCAUACAAUUCAAAUUCAUCUUCCCUUGAGCAGCCGAAUGGAGGCAGCGCCAGUCCUGCCUGCAAAGCCUCCUCUGGGCUUGAGGCAAACCCAGGAGAAAAGAGGAAAAUGAAUGAUUCUCAUGUUCUGGAGGAGGCCAAGAGACCCCGGGUUAUGGGGGAUAUUCCUAUGGAAUUGAUCAAUGAGGUCAUGUCGACUAUCACAGACCCUGCUGCGAUGCUUGGACCAGAGGUCAGAAGUGUAAACCAGGCGACCAAUUUUCUGUCAGCACAUUCAGCCAGGGAUGAGGCAGCGAGGCUUGAGGAGCGCAGGGGUGUGAUUGAGUUUCAUGUGGUCGGCAAUUCCCUGAACCAGAAACCCAACAAGAAGAUCCUGAUGUGGCUGGUCGGCCUGCAGAAUGUGUUCUCCCACCAGCUGCCCCGGAUGCCCAAAGAAUACAUCACGCGGCUGGUCUUUGAUCCGAAACACAAAACUCUUGCUUUAAUUAAAGAUGGCCGUGUCAUUGGAGGUAUCUGCUUCCGUAUGUUCCCAUCGCAAGGAUUCACAGAGAUUGUUUUCUGUGCGGUCACCUCAAAUGAGCAAGUCAAGGGUUAUGGAACUCACCUGAUGAAUCACUUGAAAGAGUAUCACAUAAAACAUGACAUCCUGAACUUCCUCACGUAUGCAGAUGAAUAUGCAAUUGGAUACUUCAAGAAACAGGGUUUCUCCAAAGAAAUUAAAAUACCUAAAACCAAAUAUGUUGGCUACAUCAAGGAUUAUGAAGGAGCCACUUUAAUGGGAUGUGAGCUAAACCCACGGAUUCCAUACACAGAAUUUUCUGUCAUCAUUAAAAAGCAGAAGGAGAUAAUUAAAAAGCUGAUAGAAAGAAAACAGGCCCAGAUUCGAAAAGUCUAUCCUGGACUUUCAUGUUUUAAAGAUGGAGUUCGACAGAUUCCUAUAGAAAGCAUUCCUGGAAUUAGAGAGACAGGCUGGAAACCGAGUGGAAAAGACAAAAGUAAAGAGCCCAAAGACCCUGACCAGCUUUACAGCACAUUGAAGAGCAUCCUCCAGCAGGUGAAGAGCCAUCAGAGCGCUUGGCCCUUCAUGGAACCUGUGAAGAGAACAGAAGCUCCGGGAUAUUAUGAAGUGAUAAGGUUCCCCAUGGAUCUGAAAACCAUGAGCGAACGCCUCAAGAAUAGGUACUACGUGUCUAAGAAAUUAUUCAUGGCUGAUUUACAGCGAGUCUUUACCAAUUGCAAAGAGUACAACCCCCCAGAGAGUGAAUACUACAAAUGUGCCAAUAUCCUGGAGAAAUUCUUCUUCAGUAAAAUUAAGGAAGCUGGAUUAAUUGACAAGUGAUUUCUCUUCCCCUGGCUUCUUAGAAACUCAUCAGUGUGCCUAAAGCAAGGUGGUUUAGUUUUUUAAAAAGAAUUGGACAUAAUGUGUUGAAGAGACUUGUAAUAAGUAGCACUUUUGAAAAACAAACAACCUCCUUUUAGCUUUUCAGAUAUGUAUUUAAAUUGAAGUCAUAGAACAUUUUUAUUUUAUCGAAUAGAUUUUAAUCUAUUUACUACUAUUAUGAAAUUUUCUAUGGCAUGUCCAUUAGCCAACUAGCCCAUGACAGAUGAUCAGGGGUUUCCUCAAAACCUGUAUGUGAGCAAAUUGCACAUAGUAUGAAGAUUUGGGGGAAUCUAGAAAAUUUUCAGACCAUGAAUGUUUCCAUUUUUUUCUAAUGGAAUGUGAGAGUUUAUUUUUAUUUUAUUCUGAAGGACUUUAAGGAAGGGAUACAUGAUUAAAAAAAAAAAACCGUGAAAAGUGAAAUAUGUGAUGUUUGAAGUCUUCUUGUAGACUUUUUAUGUAUAUUUUUAAAACACUCAUCCAGAUGAGGUGCUUUGAGCAGUUCUGAAAAAUGCAGUUCCACAAAAGCAACUGCUUUGAUUCCUAAGGAAGAGAUUCUAAAUAAUGCAAACUUUUUAUAAAUCUGAGGUUUUGAUAAUUUGUCUACCUACAACAAGCUUGUGAGUGCAUAACCACUAUUUCUACACAAAUGUGUGAUACUAUAUGUGACUUUGCUUAUGCAGGCCAUAAGUUCCAAAGGGUAAUUUCCCAGGCCAUAAAGGCAUAAACUUGAAAACACUUGAAAUUGAACCAACAAGCUUUAAUAGGAAAAGAUGUACAGUCUAUGUAUGUAUCAAUCUGGUGAAUCCUUAUUCUAAUAAAUGAGGAUUUUUUUUCUGUGAUACACACAACCCUAUCAGAAAUGUAUAUGUAAACCUUUUUAUCCUUUUGCAUCUCCAGAAUUUUUAUUGCCUAAGGUGAAUUAAAUUCCCACCAAGGUUUGCUGUCAGUAUUUUAACACCUGCAUUGCUAUAUUAGGUCCAGGGUUACAUCCUACUAAAUCCUUCAAACAACCUUAUUAAUUAACCUGUUAUGGGAUUCCAGCUUAGUGCUUGGGAUGAUAUCCUGAUUACACUACAUAGGAAAGUGGGACAUCAGUCAUCGCAACUCUGGGAAAACAAAUACACAACCAUAUGGACAGUCUCGACACUAAUUUUUAUGAUGCAAAUUUAUAAACUGAUUUUUGUAAAAGAUGAAGUCUUAAAAAUGUAUUUAACUUAUGUUUUGUAUCCGCAUACAUUAAAAUGGGUCAUUAGUAGUUACUAAAAAGUUGCCACAGAUAAUCUGCAUGAAGGAAGAUACCUGCAUGUGGCUGUUAAGUUGGAAGUGUUGCUUUUGAUCUGUAAGACAUGUUCAGAAUGCUCACACUGAAAAACGCCUCUUUUUAAGUACAGGAAACCACCUUGAGUGGUGUCUAGAUUUCUAAUGAAGAAUGAUGAUACAGUUUCAGUUAAGUGUCUGGACUGGUAUUAAACAAGAGCUUUGUAGCAGGUUUGCUGAAGCAUCUGUCCAGCUUGGAAUCCUGUGAAAGUUUGUUAUUUUCUGGAUAGACAUUCUUAUAGAGUAUUGUCUUUAAAAUCAGAUUGUCUCUUCUAUAUUGAAAGCAU